UUGUCACUGGCAAUAUCGCGACUCGCUCUACGCUGCCCGCACUCGACGAACUGCACUCGAUCCGGCAGUUAUAGACGAUCCAAUACGAUCCGACACGAGAACGCAGGCGCUACGCAAUUUGUCCGUUACAUUCAACCACUACGGAUAAUAAACAACGAAAAUGCUGAGUUGGGGCAACCUGUAACCCUUUUAUUCUCUACCUGAUCUCGCGAUUCAAAAGCAUUAGUCAUGAAAGCUGGUGCGACUUUUGAAUCACCGACAGCAGCAAGCAAUAACAAAAACAACAAGCAAUGCUCCAGUGGCGUCCCCAGAGCAACAAUAAAAAACACAGCGAUUCAUGAAUAACCCCAGCAAAUGCCGAAUGCCGUAAACUGUUUACAUUGCUCACAGCAUUACUCACUCACUCUUUCACCUCGCUCAACCUGCGCGAAGAAGAGGAAGUAGCGGAGGAGUUAGAGUUGGAGAGGAGUAGAGCGAAGAUCGGAGUUGGAGAGUGGAGAGAGGAGCACGACAGGGGAGCAGAGCAGAGAAGAUCGCAGCCGCACUAGUUUCCAUUACGUGAGCAGAAAGCAAAUAAACAAGCGAUUUCGAUUUCCCCACACCCAGUUCCCAAGUCCCGCCACUGUCCAUCCUCUCCUCCUGACCACUGAUAACGCGUCCGUCAGUGUGGUGGGGCACACGACUUAGAGGGAAGAGAAGAGGUAGAGGAGAGUAGAGGAGAGCUGGCCACGGAGAAAGCAAUCAGGCCAAGAGGCAGGAGAGAGCGAGAGAGUGCGAGCCCAGCGAUCGUUAGAAUUACUAGAAUCGCCGAGGAUUACCAAAUAGCGAAACCAAAUUCAGCUAGCAUGAGUGAUGAGACAACUAUUAGCCUGGAGGACGGCUAUCCCCCCCUGGAGGCGUUGACAACUAUGGUUCCCCCCGCGGACGCGACUGGUUUCUCGCAGUCGCUUUUGACCUUUGCCGCGGUCAUGACCUUUCUGAUAAUGAUUGUGGGCAUAUGCGGCAACCUGUUGACCGUAGUGGCCUUGCUGAAAUGUCCCAAGGUGCGCAACGUUGCGGCUGCCUUUAUCAUCAGCCUCUGUAUUGCCGACCUGCUCUUCUGCGCCCUGGUGCUGCCUUUCCAGGGUCUGCGGUUCGUCCAAGGAACCUGGCGACAUGGCCAGGUGCUGUGUCGCCUCAUUCCCUUUAUCCAAUACGGAAACAUAGGGGUAUCCCUGCUGUGCAUCGCAAUGAUCACGAUCAAUCGGUAUGUGAUGAUCACACACCACGGACUAUAUGCCAGGAUCUAUAAACGCCACUGGAUUGCGGUGAUGAUCGCCGCCUGCUGGCUGUUCUCCUACGGCAUGCAGCUCCCAACGCUUCUGGGAGAGUGGGGUCGCUUUGGCUACGACUCGCGCUUGCAGACCUGCUCCAUCAUGACAGACGAUCAUGGGCACAGCAGCAAGACGACGCUGUUUAUCACCGCCUUCGUCAUCCCUUGCCUGGUUAUCAUUGCCUGCUAUGCCAAGAUCUUCUGGGUGGUUCACAAGUCGGAGCAGCGCUUGAAGCGGCAUGCCACCAAGCAAAACUCCAUACCCAACAACUUGCGUCCCCUGGCCACUACAGGAUCAGGAGCCCUGCCCUCCGGCGCGGAGUGCCAGCCAAGCAACCGCGUCUCCUCGGACAGCAGCAGUAGCUUCUCCAUCGAUGUGCCGGAGACAGCACCCAGCGGCAAACAGCAGCCAACCCGAGUCAAGGAUCAGCGUGAAGUACGCGCCAAGCGGAACGAGUGGCGCAUCACUAAGAUGGUGCUGGCCAUCUUCCUGUCCUUCGUCGUCUGCUACUUGCCUAUCACAAUUGUUAAAGUGGCCGACAAGAAUGUGGAGCACCCCAGCCUCCACAUCUGCAGCUACAUCCUGCUCUACCUGUCGGCUUGCAUUAAUCCGAUCAUCUAUGUCAUCAUGAACAAGCAGUACCGCAAGGCCUACAAGACGGUGGUUUUCUGUCAGCCCGCCCGCCUUCUGCUGCCCUUCGGAAAGACCAAUGGCGCUAGCAGCGCAGCAGAGAAAUGGAAAGAUACCGGGUUGAGCAACAACCACAGCCGCACAAUCGUCUCCCAGAUGUCGGGGGGAACGGGAGCCGCAUCGGGAGCAGGGACGCCAACGGGAACAGCAGCUGUGGCGGUGGUGCAGACCCCACCGGAGGUCCAACAAACCCAAGCCUUGGAGAUGCUGUCGCGGGGACCGGACCUAAUCAGCAAAUCGAACCUCCCGCCGCCGACCGUUACGCCUCCGCCACCCUCGGUCCUCACGGCGACACCCAACGGAAGCAACAGCAACAGCCUCAGCCUGCGACUGCCGCUCAAGAAGAACAAUCAUUGCUACACCAACAGCGGCUUCAACAGCAGCACUCCCAGCCCCAGCAGCGGCUUGGGGAUCGGGAUCAGCAGCAGCUCCAUUUACCGGCCCGGAGUUGGCUCACUGGGGAGCGGCUCCGCCUCGAUCCGUCGCAUAACAAUGGUGGGGGACGACAUAAUACUGGAGGAAGAGGAACUGCCGCCUACGCCUCCGGCGACUUCGGCGCCGACAACGCCGGCACCUCCCCCACCCUUAUCCCCACUGCAUCCGCUGUCCACGGACUCAUCAACAACAACAACCAGCGGCGGAGCAGUGGUAGCGGGGAGCAGUGCUCCAAAGCCGGCGACGCCAACGCCCCACAUCUACAUGAAUGUCGACAGCCCGAAGAGAAACCAAUACUACAUGGAACGUAAUACAAAUGCCGUAGCACCGGAAAGUGACUCCGGUCCGGCCAACACAUCCGCAACCGUCUCCGUUUCCGGCUCCAAGCUGACGGCUAAGAUGAAAUUUCCAAAAGACUAACGAAAUGCUUUAAUUCCAAAAUCAAAACAAAAAACAUGUAGUCCUUGUGCCAGGAAUUGUAGAUCGGGAUAUCGUAAAUGGGUGGCGAAUGCCGUAUAUUCUUCCCCUUGCAUGAAAAGCAGAUAAUUUUCCAAGAAACUUCAGGCCUAGAUGGCUUCGUAGUUCCAUAUCGUAAGAAAUUGUUCUAUACAAAAUUAGUUUUUAUUAAGAAUUCGCCAAAUAGCACAGAGAAUGCGUUUAAAUUGUGCCAUCGAUUACCUUUAGAUUUCCGUUUUAUUGCUAAUUUCAAAAUUAAUUGUACACUAAACAUAAACUGUAAAUCGUAUACCAAAUCUUAAUCUUUACUCAGCUAGAUCGCUAGAAUUGUUUGAUUAUAAUCAAACCUCUUUUCUUUUGAGUGCCCCUCUACUUUUCGCCCUAAUAUUCUUAUUCCGCCCUAUAUUGCAUAAGCCUAAGCCUGGAUUUUUAAUAAACCCCCCAAAAUCCGUACACAUAUUACACUACUUAGUAAUAGUUUAGUUUGUAGAUAUUUAUGGUCGCUCACGCUUAGUAUUAACCCCUUUUCUUUCUUCCCUAUAUGCUAACUUCUACCCCUUAAAGAUCGUGGCUCUGUACGACUGUAAUUCUACUUGGAACCGAAGUCAUUCCUUAAUUGUUUAUCACUACUCUCAACACAAACAUUCCAUUCCAACGUAGGCCUGUGUAAAUGAACCUAUUGUUAGUACCAUCACGACCAUUCGAAAGAACAUAAAAGCAAAUCGAAUAUGAAUAUAAAUAAAAAUAUAAUUGUUUACAUAAAUACAAA